CAUGGUGCAAGUUGAUUUGGGAAAAGAUUCUGUUGUCUUUGCUGUUACAGUUAUUGGAUCCAAUUCAAUUGAAUUUCAAAUAGAGAAUCUUCGUAUUGGUUUUUCAAAGAAUAGCAAUGGUCCAACAAGUGGAAUUUUAGUUGAAUGUGGCUACAAAGAUGGAAUUGUACCAGACUAUUUUACAAUGAGAUGUCCGCAAUGGACAAUUGGUCAUUUCUUAUCAACAAUUAUUGACCCUCAAUCAAUCACUAAAACAUUAGUUCUAUGCCAAAUUGAUGUUUUUUGA